UUGGGCGGAGGCCACAGUCUAUAUCCUACAAGAACAUUACAUACAAGCACUCGAGACAGAGAUUUAUGAACUGCGGAAACUCCGCACACCUGACUGUGAGGCCCCUCUUGAUGUGGCUACAAAAUGGGCUAGGAGACACUUUGGCCGCAGGUUGACCGAUGACACGCUGACCAAAACACGGGUGGCCAUCACGACGGCGUUUAAUCAUCCCCCGGAACAAAAGACAACAGCAGACCGGACGGAGGACAGGAGACCCAGCCAGAGCACCAGCAGGACGGCGGGGACCACCGUGACCACGGCACAGGUGCACAGAGCAUCCUCCCCAGCACCAGCGAACCUAGUGACACCGACGGGACUGGAAGGUGAGCACUCUGCACACAAUGUUUCCUCUAUUGCAGCAGAUUUGGACUUUUCACUGCACCUGGUGGACGACGAGCAGCAGGAGGAGGAUUCAGCAGCAUCCACCUCUCAUCGCCACGCAGCAGAGGUCCCGACACACCGGGAGUCAUCACCGGUGAGAGAGAGAGCUUCACCAAAGCCCCCCCGCUCCCCUUCGACCAACAGGAUGGGAGGGGGGAGACAGGCCCCGGAUCCAGCCAACUCCCCUCUGCAGCAGGCACAAGACGAGCCUCGACACAGCCACGCACCUCUGCAGCAAUCGCCACGGCUUCCCUCUUUGCGCCAAGGACGCCAGGACUCCUACGCCCCUCGAGACACCCGACAUCUGCCAGGAAAUCCAAAGACUGGCGACGCACAAUUCAAAAAAAGUGGGUGAUUCUAGGUGUAGUGGCUAAAGUUUCCUUCUUGGUUUAGUCAGAUGUUUCUUUUCAUUUAACCACUUCACAACGGAAAGAACGAGUCUACGCGUGUUUAUGGGUUGAACAACGGUAGAAAACGGUGUGUUCGCUCCGUUUGCUUUACUGAAAAGAUCUGGCCAGCAUAACGUUACACAGGGUUUCUUACGUCAUAAAAGGUGCGCGCACUCGCGCAGCUCCAAUGUAUCAAAACAAAGCAUGCACACCACACAUGCAUCAACCAACAUGCAUAUUCAUAUCCAUUUUUUGUAUUCAUACUUAUAAUGUAAUAAAUCAUCAUAGAACAUAAAUCAAAAUGAUCAUAAUUUAAACCUAAAUUAUAACGUGGAAAAUGGCACUAACACUAGGUGACUCAAAUGUUAACAGGAUUCCAGCCCACGACAUCAAAGACCUACAGAUCGACUCCUUCCCGGGAGCCACCUUCCGCCAUGCAGAGGGGAUCCUGGACAACACCACGGCAACCUGCACGGUUGAAAAAAAUUGUACUGUCCUUUGGCAUAUGCAAUAGGAUCCAAAAGACGAAGGAAACAGGCAUUAAACAACUGAGAAGCAUGAUUAAACUGGCCAAAAAUAACUUCCCCCUGUCCAAAAUAUACAUUCCACAGAUCAGCUUCACCAAGCACCUGCCGGCAAAAGAGAAACUCCGCCUAUCCCACCUGAACGCCUACAUCGCCGGCCUGGUAACGACAGGUGGACCACGACGCAGAGGAGAACGGCUGAGAGGUCGUGGAUCAACAAACUGGACACCAAGGACCCACGAGGACUCAACGAGAAUUGAGGGGCUUGGAGCAGGGUCCGGCGAUGGACAGUACAUAGGUCACUCGGGACAACAUACACUGGACACCCCAGACAGCGAAGACUGUCUUCAAGUACUGGAAAACUCAUUUAAACUACUGAAGGGGGAGGAAUGUGACCACACAUCUCCCCCUAGCUCCAACAUCACUAACCUCUGUUCUGCUCUCUCUUUCACACCCGCACAGCUGGAGAUCCUGGAAAAAGGACUCACCUUCAUCCCCACACCCAAAUCCCCUACCCGGCCAGAGCUCAGAGGGGACCUUCACACAUUCCACAGGAGGCUUAAGCUCAUAGACCACUUCUGGGGAGCCCCGAGGCGGGAGCCUGUCCCCUUCACCAGACCGUCCACCUGGGAACCGCGCCCCCUCGCACACACGCAGCCUAACAUUAGCCAACAAGACAAACACUUUCUUAAAACAUUGGGUAAUAGCAAGCACAUAGUCAUUAAGCCGGCAGAUAAAGGGGGCCAGAUAGUUUUCCAGGACAGACAUAACUACAUAUUAGAAGCAGAAAGACAGUUAAAAAACCACACAUAUUAUGUUCCACUCACCCACCCACUACAAUUAGCCACACAACAAUUAAAUCAGGGACAUUACACAGUCUACACAGCAACCAUUACAUCAAUUCCAAACAAAAACAAUACUUGGACGGCCCGGAUGAACCCAGGCCCCGCCUCUUCUACCUGCUCCCCAAGAUUCAUAAGCCUCCUGCGGCCUGGACGGCCCCUUUUGUUGUUCCGGUCGGCCGCCCCAUCGUCAGCGACUGCGGUUCUGAGUCCUACAAUAUCACAGAAUAUAUUGAUCACUACAUUAAUCCCCUCUAAAUUACACCCGAGUUAUCUCAAAGAUACUUACCAAUUUGUCAACAAAAUCAACAAUGUUAGAGUACCCGGUCAUAGUUUUCUUUUCUCCAUCGACAUACUCACUUUACACCAAUAUAGAAACCCCGUUAGGCCUCAUUGCCAUUCAAGACAUUUUCAAUCAACAUCCCAACCCGGCCAGACGCAGAGGAGAACGGCUGAGACCAGACAAAGAAAUUCUACAACUUUUACACAUCACCCUGACUCGGAACGACUUCACUUUCAAUAACCAAUUCUACCUCCAGCUGUGCUGUUGUGCGAUGGGCCGGAAGUAUUCACCUGCGUAUGCGGAUAUUUACCUGGCCCAUUGGGAGAGGGCAGCCUUCAAUAAACUACAGUACAAACCCCUCCUCUAUUUCCGGUACUUGGAUGACAUUUUUGGACAUCUUAAAUAAACAUCACCCCAAAAUAAAACUCAAACAUAACCUCCAACAUCUUUCAGUCGAGUUCCUCGAUACGGUGGUCUUCCAGGCAUCCGACGACCGGACCAAAACCUUGGCCACUAAGGUUUACUUCAAGGACACUGACCGCCAGUGCCGGCGCUCCGCACACCACGCGCUGCGCGUAGGGCACCAAGUGCCUGGGGGGGCACCAAAAAAUCUGGGACGUGAAAAAUCAUCACAGUAGGCUACUAGUAUAAAUAACAAAUAAAAUAUGUCUAAAGCAUGUUAAUAUGCAAAAGCAAUACAAAAGAAAUAGGCCUAGACCAAAUUAGUGGAGAAAAAGGGGAACCUCCUGUGCGGCCCCACCUCCCAGUGGUUUGUUCGAUUACGCCUCAAAUCUCAAAUGUGACAGACAGCUUUGAAAUGGCUUCGAAAAGGCAUCAAGAGUCGGGGGCGGAAAAAAGAGACAGCGGGAUGAUGCUCGCGCGUCGCUCUCAGCUAAGACAAUGUUUUAAAUCAGGGGUCCCCGAACUUUGUCGCGUGAGGACCGUUGCUAGCGGUCACCGGGCGGCCGGCUGCCCACAUGUACUCGCAUCAUAAUGUCCGCACGGACCGCCGGUGGGCCGUAUUCGGUACUCGUCCGCGGGCCGCCCAAAGUUUCUGUUACCGUUACCGUUUCUGUUAUCAUUUACGUUUUUGCAUAACAAUCGGCUUCAAGAGGCAUAUCCCAAUCAGUGGAUUGCUCUUCGUAUUGCACUGACUCUCCCUGUCACAGUUGCCUCUGCUGAGCGAAGCUUUUCAAAGCUCAAACUAAUCAAAACGUACCUGCGCUCAUCAAUGGGGCAGGAACGUUUAAGUGGUCUGGCUGUCAUCAGCAUCAAUGGGGACGUGGCUCAGAAACUGUCAUAUGACCUGAGAGCUGAUUUUGCAGCUAGGAAAUGCAGGCGUGUGCCUCUGUAGGGCCUUUGACAACUGAUGGUAGUGAAAAUGUUUGUAAUAUUGUUCUGAUAGCAGAAUGGUCUCUUUUAUAGAGAUGGUAAAGUAAAUUCUACUGUGCAGUUUGUACUUACACGGUUAUAUACUUGAAUACUUUCUGCGUUUACAAUGUUCAGUUCCAAAUCUGUGUUUUUAGUAA